AGUGAGGACAGGAGUGUCGGGGAAGGGGGAGCGCAGAGGGAUGGGGCGAGGCGCGCAAGAAGCUCUUAGUAUGCGGUGCGAUGCCCUACUGCAGCCCACGCGUCUCAACUAUGGUGAAUUAUGGUGAAAUAUGAGAGGCAUGGGAAGAACCGGCAGCUCAGAAACAGUUGGUCGUGAUGAGAUGACACAGCCGCUGGACAGAUUAGUCAAAUAGGGAAGAAAAACAGAUAUGAAGGAAUGGACUCACGACCUCAAGGCACCUUUUAAGACGAGACAAACUGGAUAAAAAUACAUGCGUCUGCGCACCGAGAGAAUCAGGAGCCGGAGCUUCUGGUGAUAUAUGGCUGGCAAAAAGGAGCUGCGUUGACCGUGGGGGGCUGACUUUUUACCGGACACUUCUGCUGAGCCCGUUACGCAGUACCACCAGAGGACACACUGUUGAAGAAGCCCUAUAAGAGCCAGUGCAAAUAGCUCUUCACAGGCAGGUCUGCCUGUACCUGAACCCACAAGCGUGUGGGGCCUUUAUCUCCUUGUGGCCCAACGUGGCCCCACCCUGUCUGAAACCUGCAGGUCCCAUCUCCUUCCAGCAUGACGGUUGCUACCAGCGACCCUGCGGAUGAAGCAGCAGCACAUCCGGGUCAGCCUCAUGACCAGUACAACCCAGAGCCAGAUCAUGAAUGCUGCGAGAGGGUCGUCAUCAACAUCUCAGGCUUGCGCUUUGAGACGCAGCUCAAGACCCUCUCCCAGUUUCCAGAGACACUGCUGGGGGAUCCCAAAAAAAGGAUGAGGUAUUUUGAUCCUCUACGAAACGAGUACUUUUUUGACCGGAAUCGACCCAGCUUUGAUGCUAUUCUGUAUUACUACCAAUCAGGAGGGAGGUUGCGGCGGCCUGUUAAUGUGACCCUGGACAUUUUUUCUGAAGAGAUCCGGUUUUAUGAAUUGGGUGAGGAGGCUAUGGAAAUCUUCAGGGAGGAUGAAGGAUUCAUAAAGGAGGAGGAGCGACCUCUGCCAGAGAAUGAGUUUCAGAGACAAGUAUGGCUGCUGUUUGAGUAUCCAGAGAGCUCAGGUCCUGCUCGCAUCAUAGCCAUCAUCUCUGUCAUGGUCAUUCUCAUCUCUAUUGUCAGCUUCUGUUUGGAGACACUGCCAGUUUUCCGAAAUGAUGAGGAGGAGAUGUACAAUUUUCCAUUCCAGUCCAUGUCCAAUACCACCUCUACCUCUGAUGGCUCAACAUAUUUUACAGAUCCUUUCUUCAUUGUGGAGACCCUCUGCAUCAUUUGGUUCUCUUUUGAAUUCCUAGUUAGGUUCUUUGCCUGUCCCAGCAAAGCUGGAUUUUUUGGAAACAUCAUGAACAUCAUCGAUAUUGUGGCCAUCAUCCCCUACUUCAUAACCCUGGGCACAGAGUUAGCAGAGAGGCCAGAGGACAGCCAGGCAGGCCAGCAGGCUAUGUCUUUGGCUAUUCUUCGUGUCAUUCGUCUAGUCAGAGUGUUUCGUAUUUUCAAACUGUCACGUCACUCCAAGGGGCUGCAGAUCUUGGGACAGACUCUGAAGGCCAGUAUGCGUGAGUUGGGCCUCCUCAUCUUCUUCCUGUUUAUCGGUGUGAUCCUCUUCUCCAGUGCUGUAUACUUUGCAGAAGCAGACGAACCACAUUCCCAGUUCAGCAGCAUUCCUGAGGCCUUUUGGUGGGCUGUGGUUUCCAUGACCACUGUGGGCUACGGAGACAUGGUCCCAACAACCAUAGGAGGAAAGAUCGUAGGGUCUCUCUGCGCAAUUGCCGGUGUGCUGACUAUUGCCCUGCCUGUACCUGUCAUUGUGUCAAACUUCAAUUACUUCUACCACAGAGAGACAGAGGGCGAGGAACAGGCACAGUAUCUAAAUAUCCCAAGUGUGCCUAAAGCCAGCUCGGCUGAUGAUCUAAAGAAGAGUGGUCGGAGCGGCAGUGGAUCCACUCUUAGUAAGUCUGACUAUGUGGAGAUCCAGGAGGCUGUGAAUCACAGCACCGAGGACUUCAGACCAGAGGCCAUGAAAACAGGAAACUGCACCCUGGCCAACACUAACUAUGUAAAUAUCACCAAGAUGCGUACAGAUGUAUAAUGUGAGCUACUGUUAACUUCAGCUGGGGCCUACAGGGACUGUAACGGGGAGGAUGAAGGUAUGACUCCUGUAUUGACCAACGUAUGGCACCCAGUAUGGGAGUCCAAUGCAGAUGAGUGAGAAUAACCGGGAGAAAGGGUCAUUAGAGGGGACCUCAUCUUCUCCUACAUCCUAUGGCGCAUAUCAUAGAACUGCCACCCCGUCUUAUUUAAGACAUUGUCAGUGUUCUGCAUGGAGUUAGUCUUACCUAUGUGACAGUAGUUGUCCUGCUCGCAACAGUAGCCAGAUAGUAGCCUAACCAGUAAUAAUCAAUAUUAACAGUGUAAAGGGAACAAUAGUUUUUACCUUCUUGCUCAAACUGCCGCCAGGAGAAGAUGCACGAUAUCAGUAAUUUAGAUCAGCAUUACCUUUAUUUUUAAAUGUCAAAUGUAACUUAACAUAUUAACUUGAUUAAAAAUAGGCCAUACUAUCAGCACUCGUGAGCAAUUUUAAUCUGCUGCUCUAACUGCCAAGGUCCUGACUCAGAGACAAACAAAAUCAUCAAGAUCACAGCUGUUCUGUCAGGGGACAACUGAAGUGAGCAACAGAGAGUGAGAGAUACUAAUAUGAUUUUGGUCGAAUGGUCAUUUGUUGCUUCCUGAGAAGAAGCCUUAGUACACUGGCAUCCCUCCCCAGGCCCUCACUAGACAUGGUCUUGUACAAGCCAGUGGCACCUGUAGAGAUCAAGAUGACAGUGCUGUGCUUUAAUUCUGGACCACAAUAGCACACCACCGUCUUUUUCCUGCCAUUUUUACUUGAUGAAGUGGAUUUACGGAUGUACCCCUUCGCCGUGAGUCUGCCUUUUUUUGUGUUCCUAGCCCAUGCAGACUCUCAGACGGACAGAAGAAAUGUCUCUCUAAACAGAGUGAAUGUCUUUUUUUAUUUAUUGAUGUGUGUACAUUUGAUUUGUAGAAAUGUAUGUUAUUUUUAGUAAUUUAGUGAUGAAUGUGUGACAUUGAAAGAAAGAUUGUGAAUAUUUUUUCUAUAGCGUUCUGAAUGAGUGCCUAUUACU